AUGUUUCACCUAAUCGUCUAUACACAAGAGCAUUCCAGCCAUUUUAACGACUUUCUAACCCUGUUCGAAAAUGUAUACGAUCGGAAUGGGAACCGAAUUUCAAACCAUGGAGAACACCCUGGGGGAGACAACAAGGGUGAUACCAAUGAUAAUACGUCGACAUUGGACAAAAGGGUGUCUGAAGAAAGGGCACCGAUCAAGCAGAAGGUUUCUCAAGACGGGGGAGGGGGCCCAAAGGUUCAUCAUUUUACAUCAUCCUUUUUGCAACUUUACAUAAAUGACGAAAAGAAUUUCGAUUUAUACUUAAUAGACGACAACACCAACAACGAAAGCGACAACGGAGGAGGAGCAAUAUCCGUGGCAGUAUCGGGGAUUGGCACGGAAGCCCCCCGCCAGGAAGUGCAAAAGGUCUCCCUCGAUGUUGCUGAGGAUUUUGCUAAGGAUGUUGCGAAGGAUGUUGCGAAGGAUAUAUCUCCUCCUACCCAUAAGAGGGGAAUCUGCGGAAGGGAAAAUGAAGACAUAAAAAGGAAUCAAAGGAGUAGCAAAAAAGGAGGAGGAAAACGAGAAAAAGGCACUUCCGUGAAAAGGCCAAAGGAAGGAAUUAAUCAGAAGGAUACUCACCCGCACGAGGAUGAUAAAAGCAGGAGAGUGAACCUACCUCUGCAUCGGUCCCACAUGCUAUUCAUUCUGUCGCUUCCGACACACUUCCCCUUCGAACACCUCUACCGCUUGAUCAAUGCUUACACAGACUUCAUCGUACAGAUAAAGGUUUUCCAUGUGCGCAGUAAUAUCUCCUUCUUGGAUGAAGAGGAAUAUCCCAGAGAGGAGUUUGGAGGGAGUUUCUCCACCAUUGGUAUGAAUGAAGACAAACAUCUUAUCCCGGUGGAUACCCGCAGUGGAAAAAGUUCAUACGGAAAGCAAUUGGACCAGUACAGCAGGGGUAGUGAAGGCAACCCGCGUGAAGAGGGCGCCUGUACAUGCGAAGUCGAAGGAGUGGUCAUGCACGAACGAAUACACAGCGUGGUAAAGAGGAGAUUAAAAAAAAAAAAAAAAAUUAAAAGUUACUCCGUGAUGAUUUUCUUCAAAACACAAAUAUACGCUGACAUGUUUUAUAGUGAGUACCACUGUGCAAAUUUAAAUCAUCUAGUGGAGAGUCGAAAAGGAGAGUGGCAGCACAACAUGGUGGACAAAACGAGCGACAAGGGGUAUCCUGAUUGGUAUGUCUACUGCGCGUUCGUCAGUUUAGUGUACUACAUUUUGGAUGGAGAAGUGGGGUUCCCCCAGGUGGACGCAAAGGUAGACGCAAAGGUGAACGCAGAGGUGAAUGCAGAGGUGGAUGCAAAGAUGAACGCAAAGAUGAAUGCAAAGAUGAACGCAGAGGUGAAUGCAGAGGUGGAUGUGGUGUCCCAAGUAGAUGAGCCUCCGCGGCAAAGCGACGGAAAUAUCAUUGAGCAUAAGAAGGGUCAGAACGAAAAACACGGGAGAGUGAAUUACCUCUCCUCCAGUGGGAACAACAACCUAUUCGACAUAAAUUACUUUGAGACCUUUCAAAAAGGUAUAGUGACUGAUGGAAACACGUGCAUAUCAACAUGUCCACUUUGCAUGGAGUUGCUUUGCGAGGAGGUGUGCUUUACCCUAACGAGGAGCAGAAAAUGGCACUCCCGAAAAAAAGGGAAGGAGAACCAGCUGUACGAUUAUGUUAAUUUAUCCUGCAACGUAUGCUCUGUGAUAUUUCUUUACGAUUCGAUGUCUCGGUUGUUGGGCGAACAUUGGGGGGGUCAAUUGGUUAUAGGUAUGGCGGAGGGUACACGGAACUGUGUGUCACAUUGCGUAGAAAAUACCGUUGACCAUAGUACUGAGGACCACAGAACUUGUGGUGAAGUGCUCCCCGGGAGAGAUGCUCGGAGUAGGUUGGCACAUAUAGUAGGCACCCUCAAAUGCAGAAACUGCAACAACGUUGACGACAUAUGGCUGUGCCUUACAUGCGCAAAUAUAGGAUGUGGAAGGUAUCAGAAGAGUCACGCGAAAUUUCAUAGCGCCAUGUAUAACCAUCAUUACUGUCUCAACCUGAAGACGAAGAAAGUGUGGAAUUACAUGCGGGAGGCUUUUAUUGAAGACAAGAUGGAGGAUGAUCAUAGUGAGUUGGAUAAUACCUGGCGUGGAGGUAAAGGCCCGGUUAACGAUGACUUCGGUUAUAAUACUUUCCAUCCAUGUGUAGAUGCACCCCUCCCGGGGAGGGGUGACUUUGUGGACGAUGAAUAUGAACUUUGCUACGGUGACGAGAGGGAGGCAGGCCUAGAACACAUCACCCAACCCAGUCACAUGGAUCACACAUAUUACGACGACUACUAUGUACAUGACAUGCAGGAUAGUUAUGAUAGCCUUAUUUACAAUAAAAUCUACGAUAUCUUCACAGACGAUGCCUACAUCAGUGAUGGGCUCAAGAACGAACUCCUCUACAGUUUGUACUCCCUACUAUCCCACGAGGCACAUCUUUACAACAAUAGCCUCAUCGAACUUCAAUGUAGAUACAUGAAUAGAGUGGACCUGGAAAGUAGGAACAUAAAAAGCAUACGAGAUACUGUCAGUCAAAUUGAAAAUCAAAAUAGAAAAAUGGAGAUUUUCCUCCAAAAGGUGGAGUCUUCCAUUAAAGCAAAGAACAACGAAAGGGCGCAACUGCAGGAGAAGAUAAACUUCUUCAGGCAUCUCAACAGUAACAUCGUUUCGCACCGGUGCGCUACGCGUGCAACGAAAAGGGAGAAAGAAGGUCGUGUCGUAAAGGACGACGACAAUGAUGAUGACUCCAGGAAGAUAAAGCGCCUCGACGAGACCAUCACCUCCCUGCAGGCGCAGGUGGAUGAGCUGCUGCGCGGGUUAUAA